CCCCCCCCCCCCCCCCCCCCCCCCCCCCCCCCCCCACCCCCCCCCCCCCCCACCCCCCCCCCCCCCCACCCCCCCCCCCCCCCACCCCCCCCCCCCCCCACCCCCCCCCCCCCCCACCCCCCCCCCCCCCCACCCCCCCCCCCCCCCCCCCCACCCCCCCCCCCCCCCACCCCCCCCCCCCCCCACCCCCCCCCCCCCCCACCCCCCCCCCCCCCCACCCCCCCCCCCCCCCACCCCCCCCCCCCCCCACCCCCCCCCCCCCCCACCCCCCCCCCCCCCCACCCCCCCCCCCCCCCACCCCCCCCCCCCCCCACCCCCCCCCCCCCCCACCCCCCCCCCCCCCCACCCCCCCCCCCCCCCACCCCCCCCCCCCCCCACCCCCCCCCCCCCCCACCCCCCCCCCCCCCCACCCCCCCCCCCCCCCACCCCCCCCCCCCCCCACCCCCCCCCCCCCCCACCCCCCCCCCCCCCCACCCCCCCCCCCCCCCACCCCCCCCCCCCCCCACCCCCCCCCCCCCCCACCCCCCCCCCCCCCCACCCCCCCCCCCCCCCACCCCCCCCCCCCCCCACCCCCCCCCCCCCCCACCCCCCCCCCCCCCCACCCCCCCCCCCCCCCACCCCCCCCCCCCCCCACCCCCCCCCCCCCCCACCCCCCCCCCCCCCCACCCCCCCCCCCCCCCACCCCCCCCCCCCCCCACCCCCCCCCCCCCCCACCCCCCCCCCCCCCCACCCCCCCCCCCCCCCACCCCCCCCCCCCCCCACCCCCCCCCCCCCCCACCCCCCCCCCCCCCCACCCCCCCCCCCCCCCACCCCCCCCCCCCCCCACCCCCCCCCCCCCCCACCCCCCCCCCCCCCCACCCCCCCCCCCCCCCACCCCCCCCCCCCCCCACCCCCCCCCCCCCCCACCCCCCCCCCCCCCCACCCCCCCCCCCCCCCACCCCCCCCCCCCCCCACCCCCCCCCCCCCCCACCCCCCCCCCCCCCCACCCCCCCCCCCCCCCACCCCCCCCCCCCCCCACCCCCCCCCCCCCCCACCCCCCCCCCCCCCCACCCCCCCCCCCCCCCACCCCCCCCCCCCCCCACCCCCCCCCCCCCCCACCCCCCCCCCCCCCCACCCCCCCCCCCCCCCACCCCCCCCCCCCCCCACCCCCCCCCCCCCCCACCCCCC